AUGCCGACUGAAUUACCCGUUGAUAUGUUAAAUAGACCUUUGCUAGAGAUUGUUUUUAGAAGGAAAAAUAAUGCCUUAUUCAAGAAAUUAGCGCGAAAAACUCAUUUCAACGUAAAAGAAGUCGAAGCGUUAGCUGUUAUACAUAGAAAAAUAACGCAAACUUUGGAUCCUAUGACAAGAUCGGUGUUUAGAGACAUUUUACAUUCUGGCUUGGAUUUUACUGAAAAUAUUCGGCAUCUAUAUAUCGACAGAAUUUUCUCUGUGUUUGAUAAAAAGAAUGUUCUGCAAAUUCCCCUGGAACAAUGGAUUGAAGGACUCUCCAUAAUCCUUCGCGGCAACCUAAAUGAAAGAAUACAUUUCGCUUUUAGUAUAUACGAUUUUAUGCACACUAAUAAAUUGAAGAAGGAACAGAUAUUUCCGACAAUGCGAGGUUGUUUGAUCAAACUACAAACAGACGAAGAUCCCGAUGAGGCUGUAAAGGAUUUGAUUGAUUCACUGUUGAAAAAACUCGACGUCGAUCGCGAUGGUGUAAUAUCCGAGGACGAAUUUCACAGGGCUGUAAAAGAAAGAAAUCUACUGCUGCUAGAAUGUAUGGGACCCGUGUUUCCGUCUAGAGUAGCGCGACGAACAUUUUUAAGCACAUUUACAGAUCGGCUUGGACAAUUCUAA